AUGGCAGAAGCAGCUUUUCAUCCUCCGAGAAGGAAAAGAAGAGUGUUUGAGACCUAUGAGGCUCCCUUUCCUGUGGAUGUAGGUGGGAAGGAUUUCAGAAUAUGCCAAGCUGAAAUUAUGAACAACAAUGUUAUUGUGAGGAACCCUGAAGACAUUGAACAGCUCUAUAACAAGGGCUAUUUUGGAAAAGGUAUCCUUUCAAGAAGCCGGCCGGUGUACAGCAUUUCCGAUCCUUUGCUGGUUGCAAAGUGGCAAGGUGCUAAUGUAAACAUGCCUAUAAUUACAUCAAGGAAGUACCAACGUCAUGUUCAGUGGGCUAAAAGUAUUUUGGAAGCUCAAGGAUUUGAUGACAGCUCGGUUACCAAAAUUCUUGAAAAUUACACUAAGGCUGUUGAGCUGCCGCUUUUGGAAGAGAGUGGAGCUGAACCAGUAGGUAAUACCUGCAAUACAGAAAAUACAGAACUUCCCAGGCAAUCUUCUACAGCUCCUGGAAAUGUAGUAGCCCAGAGCUCUGAGAAUGAGAACGAAGGCUGCAAGAAAGUGUGUUUGGAAGGAGACGCAGCAUCUGAUCUCGUGGCUCCAUGUGAAGAGCUGGACCAAGGUGACAGGAAGGAGAAGGCUGAAGUGUCCCGCCAGACGCUUGGCUCUGUCGGGUGUUGCGGCUGCGAGGCUGAGGGGAGCGCUGAGCAGCGGCCUCGCAAGAUGGUCAAGUCUAAAGAGCGUGCUCCAGAAUACGUGCUGGUGCAAGAGGAAGAAGAAGGUAGCCUAUGCCCUGAGGAUGACUCUGCUCACGCGCAAGGAAAUCUUGUCAAGAAGGAAAAACUAGUAUGCAGAAGAAAUCCAUUUAGGAUUUUUGAAUAUUUACAACUCAGUUUGGAAGAGGCUUUUUUCUUGGUGUAUGCUCUGGGAUGUUUAAGUAUUUAUUAUGAUGAGGAGCCCCUAACUGUUUUGAAGCUAUGGGAGGUUUUCAGCAAAGUGAAGCCUGAUUUUAAAACUACCUACAUGGCGUAUCACUACUUCCGCAGCAAGGGUUGGGUCCCCAAAGUCGGACUGAAGUACGGAACCGAUCUCUUGCUGUAUCGAAAAGGCCCGCCCUUCUAUCAUGCGAGCUACUCUGUCCUUGCGGAGUUAGUUGACGAUAAUUUUGAAGGUUCUCUUCGCAGACCGCUCAGCUGGAAGUGCUUGUCUGGGUUGAACAGAACAACUGUUAAUGCUUCUAAGGAACUUAUGCUGUGCUAUUUGAUUAGACCGUCCGACAUGACUGAAGAAGAGAUGUCGACACCAGAGUGUAUGAGAAGAAUUAAGGUUCAGGAACUGAUUGUAAGUCGUUGGGUUUCUUCCCGUGAGCGCAGUGAGCAAGAUGAAUUUUGA